CCCGACUGUCUGCCAGGGACUCCCGCCGCCGUACCUACCCACACCCCACACCACAGCUGCGGCUGGGUUACGACUUACAAGUCCCGAGUCAGCAACCUACCUACGCCGGAGAUUUUUCUUUUCUGAAAGAGAGAGAGAGAGAAAGAGAGAGGGAAAAAGAGAGAAAAGGGGCAAGAAGAACGAAAAAGGAAACAGAGAAAGAGAGGGAGAGAAAACGAACCACGAACCACAACCACCCGCAUCCGCAUGAGCAACCUCCUCCAGCUAUACGACGCCGUGUUUGCUCCCGCCCACCAACAGCACCACCACUCCGGCCGCCCCCCACCGGGCGAAGCCAGCCUCCUCUGCUCGCCUCUGCUCCCCACCACCGCCACCACGAUGGCGAAACCGCACGCCUCCGCCUCCGCCUCGGUCCCCUCCCUCGCCGACACCACCACAACUGCCAACGACGACAGCGCCUCGCAUCCGCAUCCGCACGCGCCUGCUCCGCCGCCCCCGUACCACUCGCACUCCCGCGCCAGCAGCCCGCCCAAGUACGGCGCGAUUAUCGACUUGGCCGCGUACGGGUCGCCGCCGUCGUCGCCGCCGUCGCCCGCGGAUAGUAGGCGCAGUAGCUUGCAUUUUUACUCCCAUCCCACGGCCAACAUGGCGCACGCCAACGCCCUGCCCCGUGAGCCACUGUGGCAGGCCUGGCACCGCGAGCGACGGGCCGUGCUGCGCGCCGCCGAGCACGACAAGAGCAUGUUUCUGUUCGCGUGCUGUUUGCUGGGCUUGCUGGCUGUGGCGUUGGGGCUGGGGCUGGGGAUCAAGUACGGGACUUGGAGUGUGGAGGGGUGAGCGUGUGUAGAAGGGGGGAGGAGGGAAGGUGGGGU